UAAAGCGCAUGUUUAGAUUUAACAUCUAGAAUUCACCAUACGAUGUGUCAAACUCGUAGGUGUUUGUUUAAUAUGUUUAUUCAAAUUUGUUUAGUGAUAUUCUAAUCUUAAUUGUUUGCACAACAAUGGAAACUACAACGAAUGCAAACAUACCUCACUCAACUUAUCAACCUCCAUCACCGGAUUUAUGCAUACCAGUUCACAAAUCCAAUACAACUAUUAUAACAGAUGUAUAUGCUGGAAUACCUGAAAAUUUAGUCUUAAAUUUAAUAGGAUUUGUGUUAUUAGUUAUCUUAUUUGGUUUGCUACGUAAAAAGGCGUGGAAUUAUGGACGUCUUGCGUUGCUACAUAAAUCAGAUAACAAAUGGAUGGAAUUAUUUUAUGGUGACAAUGAUACCAGAGAUUCAGACGCAAUAUUCUUAGAUACAUCUGUUAAUUCACAAUUAUCUCAAGUGGACAGAGGAUAUCUAUCAUGGAUUGUAACGGCAUUUAGAAUAAAAGAUGAAGAAUUAUUAAAAAGAGCUGGUCCAGAUGGCCUGCUGUAUAUAUUAUUUGAACGUUAUUUGAUUGUUUUAACUAUUGGAAUGGUUAUUGUAUCACUAUGUAUAGCAUUACCUAUUAAUAUUAAUGGUAACACACAUGAUAACGAUUUAACAUUUAGUCGUACGACAAUAGCUAAUUUAGAUCCAAUGUCUUCUUGGAUAUGGGUACACUCGAUUUUAAUUAUAUCUUAUUUACCGAUUGGUGCUUAUGUGAUGAGGCGUUUUUUAAAACAAGUACGAGAAACCAGAUCUAGUGGAGAAUUAGCAGCUAGAACAUUAAUUAUUACAGAAAUACCAAAACACCAAUGCGAUGUAGAAGCACUUACCGAAUAUUUUAAAGAAGCAUUUUCAACAUUGAGCAUAGAAGAUGUAACAUUAGCUUACGAUAUCAGACGUCUUUCUGCGUUAGAUGCAGAAAGAGAUUGUGCAGAACAAGCACGUUUGUAUUGUGAGAAUUAUGCAAAAAAAAGGGAUCCUUUAAAAAUAUAUCCCUAUCGUUGUGGUCAAAUGUUGGGAUGUUGUUGCAAAUCCAAGGUGGACGCACAAGAAUUUUAUACAAAUGAAGAAAUUCGAUUAACUGCAUUAGUGGAAGAAGAAAAAAAAUUGGCCUUGAGUAAACCACUUGGAAUAGCCUUUGUUACGUUAGGAACUCCUGGUGCAGCUAGAACUAUGAGAAGACAAUUAAAAUCUUUACCUUCAAUAAAAUGGGUUGUUAAUUAUGCUCCAGCUCCUUCAGACAUUUUUUGGGAAAAUUUAAGUAUACCUAAACGAUUUUGGUAUUUCAACGCAAUAUUGAUUAAUUUUGCUUUGGGUAUAACAUUAUUUUUUCUUACGACACCAGCUGUUAUUAUACCAAUUUUGAAUAGAUUAACAAUACCAGGAGAAAUAACAAAAAAUUUGAAUCCUCUAAUAUCUUCAUUUUUACCAACUUUAUUGUUAGUAAGCGUUGCUGCUUUAAUGCCAGUCUUAGUUGAAAAAAGUGAAUCUUUAGUAAGACACUGGACAAGAAGCAGUCUUAAUCGAACGGUCAUGAAAAAAACUUUGUCACUUUUAUUACUUAUGGUUCUUAUAUUACCUAGUUUAGGAUUAACCAGUGCUGAAGCAUUUUUUCUUUGGACGAUGAAAGCCAAAAAUGAGACAGCAAGAUGGGAGUGUGUAUUUCUUCCCGAUCAGGGUGCUUUAUUCGUAAAUUAUGUGAUUACUGCUGCUUUACUUGGAAGUGCAUUGGAACUAGUGAGAUUUCCAGAACUAGCUCUAUAUACUUUUCGACUUUGUGUAGCACGCAGUAAAGCAGAAAGAGUAUAUGUUAGAAAAGCAGUAUUAUGGGAGUUCCCAUUAGGAGCUCAUUAUGCAUGGUUAUUAUUGGUAUUUACUAUGACAACAGUCUAUAGCCUUGCCUGUCCUUUAAUUACUCCAUUUGGAUUGUUAUAUUUAUUAGUUAAACAUUUGGUGGACAGGCAUAAUUUAUGCUUUGCUUAUGGGCCAAAUGUUGGUGGUGGUCAGUUAGCAGGUGCAGCUGCUAGUGCAGCUGGAGCUGCACCAAUUCUUGCUCAAAUAGCAUUUUUAUCUCUCGGAUUAGUAAGAAGAGGUUUAUCUCCUCUGGCAGCUGUACAACUAAGUGGUCUUGCAGCUAGUAUUUUAGGUCUUGUAACUGGAGUUACAUUACCUGCAUCUAAACCUAAAACACAACCGCCGAAAAGAGAUCUUCCAGGGGGAGUAACAGGACAAAGUUUUAUUGCACCUGUAUUAAAAAAGAAAACAAAUUCUGUAGAAGAGACUAUAUCUACAAAUUCAAACUUUGAUAUUAAUUUGGCAAGUCCAAGAAGUACAACUUCUUCCAUACAAGAGAGUCCUAAGCUUUAUCAAAAUUAUGGAAAGGAACCUAAAGUGUAAGGAGUAUUAUUAUAUAUCUUUGUUAUAAGCAGUUUUGAUAAACACAAGCUUAUAUAAAGUAACAGAAUAAAUACUUAUCCUAAAAAUUUG